AUGGCCGACAAUGAAGAUACCGGCGGUCCAUCCGUCUCGGAACCCUUGGAUCUUGUUCGUCUCUCCCUCGAUGAGAUUGUAUUUGUGAAGCUGCGCGGUGACCGUGAGCUCAAAGGCCGCCUUCAUGCCUACGAUAGUCACUGCAACCUAGUCCUUGGCGACGUGGAAGAGACGAUCUACGUGGUGGAAGAGGAUGAGAACGAGGAGGAGACUUUGCGGACUAUCAAGAAACAAGAAGAGAUGCUUUUUGUUCGAGGAGACUCCGUCGUCUUGAUCUCCCCCAGGCGUGACAGGCUUGAUAUGCCAUUGAUAGAGAGAAAGGCGUCCGGCGACGGGAACAAUACUAGGAAGGACACGAGAUACCACAAAAUGCAGUCAACAUAG